CCCGCGGAAAACUUGGCCGUCCAAUUCCCUCUCCUCCCGUCACGACAUCUACACCCCAAGAAGGACAGCCGGUCCUUUUCUCCACCCUUUACAAACUACUCCUUUGGCUUGAUUCGUUCCUGUUUCUCGGAUAAUCAGGAUGGCGGACAAGGUUGCGGCCAAGGCCCAAGAGGAAGAGCAUAUCAUCAAGCCUCAGGCGACGACACCAGCCGCCGACACGAGCGACUGGCCGCUGCUGCUCAAGAACUAUGACAAGCUUCUGGUGAGGACUGGGCACUUCACACCCAUUCCCCAUGGCUGCAAGCCUCACAUGCGAGACAUCAAGAGCUACAUCUCUUCCGGUGUCAUCAAUCUCGACAAGCCCUCAAACCCCUCCUCCCACGAAGUCGUCGCGUGGGUCAAGCGCAUGCUCCGCGUUGAGAAGACCGGCCACAGUGGCACUCUCGACCCCAAAGUCACAGGAUGCUUGAUCGUCUGCGUCGACCGCGCCACCCGCCUGGUCAAGUCCCAGCAGGGAGCCGGAAAGGAGUACGUCGCGGUCGUCCGAUUCCACGACAAGGUGCCAGGCGGCCAGGCCGAGUUUGCACGCGCCCUUGAGCUGCUCACCGGCUCUCUGUUCCAGCGCCCUCCCCUGAUCUCUGCCGUCAAGCGUCAGCUCCGUAUCCGAACCAUCUACCAGUCCAAGCUCAUCGAGUUCGACAACGACCGCCACCUCGGUGUCUUCUGGGUCAGCUGUGAGGCCGGCACGUACAUCCGGACGCUCUGUGUCCACCUGGGUCUGCUGCUUGGUGUCGGCGCACACAUGCAGGAGCUGCGACGAGUCCGUUCUGGUGCCAUGGACGAGAACAAGGACCUGGUCACGCUGCACGACGUGCUCGAUGCCCAAUGGCAAUACGACAACAACCGUGACGAGACAUACCUGCGAAAGGUGAUCCAGCCCCUCGAGACCCUGCUCCUCGGCUACAAGCGACUGGUAGUCAAGGACAGCGCGGUGAACGCCAUCACCUAUGGUGCCAAGCUGAUGUUGCCUGGCCUGCUGCGAUACGAGUCCGAGAUCGAACAGCACGAGGAGGUUGUCCUGAUCACCACAAAGGGCGAGGCCAUCGCUAUUGGUAUCGCCAUGAUGUCCGCCGUCGAGAUGACCACCUGCGACCACGGCGUCGUGGCCAAGGUCAAGCGUUGCAUCAUGGAGCGUGACCUGUACCCUCGCCGAUGGGGUCUCGGCCCCACGGCCGCAGAGAAGAAGAAGCUCAAGGCCGACGGCAAGCUGGACAAGUACGGACGACCCAACGAGGCCACCCCUGCCAAGUGGACGGACUCGUACACCGACUACAGCGCUGCUGGUGCCGAGGCGGCCGCUGCUAAGCCCACCGAGGCCGCUGCUGCCGACCUGCCCCAGACCGUGGCGCCCGCCGCUGUUGUCGCGGAGGCUCCCAAGACCCCAAAAACCCCCAAGGAUGAGGGCGUUUCUGACAAGAAGCGCAAGAAGCACGAGGGCGAGACGGCGGAGGAGAAGGCAGAGCGCAAGCGCAGAAAGGCCGAGAAAAAGGCCAAGAAGGCGUCCAAGGACGAGGAUGACAGUGAUUAAGCCCGUGGCUGCAUAUCCAUCCCGAACAAGGAGAUUCUUGAUACCAUUAUAUCAUCAUGGCUGGAGUAAAGCCACCCGUCCACUUGGAGUUUUUUGCUGUUGUAGUAUCACGGGAGGGGUUCAUCAAAAAAGGGCGUUCAGGAGGGUGGUAUAAUAUUUUUGCAUGGACAUCGCUUCCUUUGGUUGGGAGAGGCAGUUAAGUUCAGGCCAGCCUGCGCUUGAGGGCAAAUGCACAAGGGAAAAGAAAUCAAUUCUUCAAAGUGUGUCGGAGGAUUGCAUCCUCGCAAGUGAGACUUGUGGUCGAACGAGCCUCUGGGGCCGGGUUAUCCAUGACUCGAUAGGCGAGGCUGAAGCUCGAUAAGGUUCACGAUGCCGGCGGCUGUUGCAUGCCUGCGGAGGGGAUCUCGAAAAGCUCGGGACACGAGGCCAUAGCUCCCACGAGGUCCCAAGAUAGAAUUCUCGGCCGAGGCCCAGACCUCAUCAGGGAACGCGCCGUCCGUCGUGAAAGUCACUCUGUCCCCGCCAGCUGCGAGCUACUUGACGGAACAAGCGUUAAACAGAAAUCGGUUGAUUGGGAGACAUACAGUAUAUGACUGUACUGGGCGCACCAAAUGGGAGCAAGCGGUCAUGGCACGCGGAUGGCCACAUGCACCCACAUGAGCAAAUCACUGUUAUUCCACACGCUUGCGUGCUCAGUCCACCCUUUUAAAACCCAUUUGGUUUCCUCGUGCGUACUGUGCUCUGACUUUUGGGCUCCUGGGUGCGUGAGCACGUUUGACCCGAACCUCUAUGGCGGUUUCUGGGUGGUAGCGUCGUCCAUUUCUGGGACGGAAACAAUACAGAAAAAUGUCGCAGUAUUGGCCGCAGUACCCAAGCCAAUGGCCCGACCAAGAGGGGCAUGGUAUGUACACAGAAUAAAUGACAAGAAGUUUUUGGAACAAUCAGGGAAACGAGAGAGAACAGAGCAGAACAUGUUCCGGGUCAAAACGUCGUUCGCGCC